CAAACAUCAUAAAUCCAUCUUGUUGGUUUAAACACGUGGAAACAAACAAGCUUCAACGGCGUUGUCAGUAUUUACGACACCCGCCUCUACUUUCCGGCAGCCAUUCCCCCCGGUUGUUUGGUUGCUAGGUGUUCUAGCGUCCUGUCUGUGUACGGUUGCUAGCUAAAGGCUAGCGGCUAACAUUCGGUGUCAGUGGAGCCCGUAAAGCUGGACGAAAAUGGAGUGUGUGUGUCUCAGUGACGAAUGAACGGGAUGUAAAUCGUUAUCGAGAAGUUAAAGACGAGGGAUUGAGGCUGUGCAGGACGCUCACUGGAGGCACACAUGUCAUUUCAUGAGAGCAGCUGUGUUUUCUGUGAGUCUGUGUUUUAAGGUUCUGAGCUCUCACAUGAAUUCACAGGAGGAAGCCAAGAUGGGGGAUAUCUUGGCAACUGAAGCAGAUCUUCUUGGGAUGAUCAAGGAGUACCUUAAGUUUGAGGAGUUUGAAGAGACUAUUCACAGUUUCGACAAGGACUGCAAAAGCAAAGGAAAGCUCGUCUCCAAGCCUCAAGGACGCACUCUCAGAGACUCAAAGACUCGUGCAUUUCAGAAAGACCUCCUUUGCUCGUUUGAUGAUGGAGAUCAUAAAGUCUUCUUUGAACUGUGGACUGAGAACAUUCCCUCUGAGGUGAAAGACACAGAUGCUGAAGCCCUGAGUCUGGAGUUCUACCUUCACAUCCAUUUCGCCAUCUACCCACUGAGGAGGCACCCUGGUCGACAUGACAGAACCGAGUUUGAUAAGAGGAUUUCCAACUUCAAACAGUAUCUGGAGACUCGAGGAGCAGCACUGAGUCAGACCACAGAGUUUCUGCCUUACUAUGCCUUGCCCUUCGUUCCAAACCCCACCAUCCACCCGUCCUUCAAAUAUCUUUUCCAGGAUUCCUGGAUACCACAUUUGAAGGAUAAGUUGGAGCGAUUUCUGACAGUGACACUGAAGCCAUCCAUCAUCCCAAGGUUGCUGAAUUUAUAUAAGGAGGGUGGAAAGAGUACAAAAGAAACCAUGCAGCAGUUGCAGCUCCAGCUAAUUGAAUCAGACCGGCGUCUCGCCAGCUAUGUGCAGAAGAUCAACGCGAUGCAGGCCGACUACCACAACCUGAUAGGAAUCACUGCUGAGCUGGUCGACUCUUUGGAGGCCACUGUCAGCGGAAAAUUGAUCUCCCCCGACUACUUGCAGAAUGUGUGUGUUCGUCUGUUCAACAACCAGAUGAGGCAGAGCGUGGUCCAGAGCACUGACUUCACCAGACCCGGCACUGGAUAUUACUCUAUGAGUCCCUAUGAUGAUGGCUAUGCCUCCUCAAUGCUUCGAGCGGCCAUCGCUCCACAGAGAUCGAAGGAGGGGCCGAUGCUCCCCUCUCUUGACUACGAGAAGCUGAAGAAAGACCUGGUUGAAGGUGCAGACAGACUCAGGUCUCUGCUGCUUCAGGCACUGCGCUGGAGAUUGACUCGCACACUCCCUGGUGAACAGAGAGACUCCGUGCUUCAGGCCUAUAUCAGCAAUGAUCUGCUGGAAUGCUACAGCACUAAACAGAAAACCGUGGUUCAUUUAUUGAGGUCGAAGAACGAGAUUGUCCGGCAAUACAUGGCUCGUCUCAUCAAUGCAUUCGCCUCCCUAGCAGAGGGUCGGGUUUACCUCUCCCAAAUCCCCAUUCUUCUGAAACUUCAGAUGGAGAUUCUCAGGGAGGAGGAGAAAGACACCCUUACGAGAGAGAACGUGCUCGUUGCCCUGCAGAAGCUCAGCCUCAGGAGGAGCCAGCAGACGGCCAUGAUUGCAGACAAUCUGAUUAGCUGGCUAGUGGAUGAGCUGCAGGACUCUGACUGCCUGACUGACAACAGCCUGGUGUACUCUGCAGCUCUGCUUAUGAAUCUGUGUCUGCGAACAAAAGGAAAAAGGAAGUGUGCAGAGAACGCCAAGCAUGUACUGAAGGUUCUAACCGACCUCCUCGGACACGAGAACCACGGGAUUCAACCAUAUGUGAACGGAGCCCUGUACAGCAUCCUGUGUAUUCCCUCUGUGAGACAGGAAGCCAGAGAGAUGAGUGUCGAGGAGAUUCUACGCUGCUACAGCAAAGAGGAGAACCCAGACCUUAACAGACAGAUUGAGUUCAUCAUCAAACAACUGAACUCAGCUGAGGAAGAGGGGCCAGAAUCAGACGAUGAAGAGGAAGAGGACGACAAUGAUGAAGAUUUAAUGGAGACAGAUCUCGACAAAGAGGAAGUUCUCCAACCACAGCCCAGGGAACUGACUGGAGAGAGUCUGCUCACCACAGAGUACCUGGGAAUCAUGACCAACAUGGCUAAAGUGAAGAGGAAGUCCACCCCUCUGUCGCAGCCAAGUGCUGACGAACCCCUGCAACGGCCAGUCACACCGAGUUCUCAUCGUAAUGUCAACACCGUAAGAGCGAGGAAGGAAGUCUGCCUCCCUCCAGAUACAACUCCAGACCUCCUACACGCUCCGGCAGUCGCCCGAGCACUUCUGACUCCCUACGUCACAGCAUCGACUCAGAGUGUGGCCGGUUGUCCCAGGAGUCAGAGCUGGACGGACUUUAUGAAGGACAAGCCACAAAAGGACGCUCCCGGGAGGAACGCAAUGGAGACCUUGCCAGUGCUGAUUUUAUCCAUGCGUUUACAAGCAAGCCUAAAAUUCCCCAGACACCUGACAUGGCGGACGGCCAGAACGGAACUAGACGGCGUCCAAACCUGGCACCUCAGUUUUCCCAGUCGGAGCCGCAGCACAGAAGCCGGCCAGGUACCGCCAGCUCUGCGGAAGGAGGCGGAUCCCACAGUGGAAGCAGCCAGUCAAACAGGAGGUGAAGAGGGAGCUGUCACCGUGCAGUAGCGGUAUCUCCCCACAAGCAUCGGGCUUCCUGUAACACCAUACCCCCAGGUUGCGAUCAGGGUCAGAGCAACAGAGAUGGUCGAGGAUCGGCAGCGAGGGUGGAGGAGGAGGAGGAGGGGCUGGAACAAUGUGAAGGAUUGUGGCUCUGCAUUUUCCUCCUCCCCCUCUUUCGUCUUUAGUGCAGACUUCCUUCUGUAACAUUAUACGCAGCCGAGCAAUAAUCACGACCCCCCAGCCGUGCAGCACUGUACACCUUGUAGCCUGAGCUAACCUCCCAGUUCUCCACUCUCUAUCAAGGCGAUAGUUGUAACCCCUAAAUAUUCACAGAGAUGGAUAACUCCCAUCCAAUCUUGUCACUUACGUCACUUAUCACAACUAACGACUUUAGGAUGCUUCAAAACUCGUCCUAUGACUGUCACAAAGUUGAAUUAUUUAAGAAGAGGCACAGCUCUUUCUUUUACUCGAUUGAACACCUAUGAGAAAAAACACUCCUCAUUUGUAAAUGUCUCAUCUUGAUUCUACAAAUGUAUAAUCGUCUGAAUUUCCAUUUACGUUUUGUAUAAAUUGGUUUUUGACUGUGAUGAAAACAUAUCGUGGCACACGUGGAUGCCACCGUGGUCUCCCAACAGCAACCAGAGACAAACAACACGCAUUUCAUCAUACUUGUAUUAUCUUUUAACACACGAGAGCAAACAUAAAGUCAACUUAAAGGGGUGGAGCAGUUUCUGCUGGAGGUUUAUCUUUGCAGCUCACUCCUUUUCAGUUUCUCUCCUGUGUCUCUCCUCCCGUGUGCGUCUCCCAUGCCGGUCUGUGUGUCUCUCUUUUGAAUCCAUGGAGACUUAAUUGGCCAACUAGUCUCAGCUGUGCACAUCCCCUCUCCCUGGUUCACCUGGAGGUGCUCACUGAGCCUCCUCUACAUACAGAGGGAGAGCACCUCCACCUGCACCAGAGGAUCAACCAACAGAGGUGAGAGCUGUCAGCUGAUUGAUCCUCUGGUUUAAAAGGCAGCAGCAGACACGUGUGUGAAGCUCAUAGAGAGACUUCAUGAGAAACACAGAGACUCAAAGAGACAUGAGCAGAGACUGAGCGGAGCUGGAGGACAGAAGACAUUGCUGGAUUCUUUACGUUUAUGUUUGAGUUAAUAAAAGAAUGCUGAAAGCAACAUGUUCAUCUCUGGCUGUGUGUGGGAGACCCCCGUGGUAUUGGACGUCGCCACACAUCCAUCCACUUGUACAGAUAAAUGCUCCAGUUGUACUUCAACUGUAAAACAUAUAUCAGGGUAGCUGCUCUUGUUUAAUGUGCGCUCCAGAAAUGUUUACAGGAACGAGACAGGUCCUCACAAUUCUUGUCAGGCUAGUGCAUAUUUUAAAUGAUAAUAGAAACGGCUUGUCAUUGUUGAUAUACAGAAAACUAUCUAUCUGACAAAAAACUUGAAAUAGUGUAAAUGUCUUAAAUCCAGUUCUGCAGGUGUCUUGAUGUAUAUUUUCUUGACGGGUUUUUGUGCAUUUGCAUUGGGAAAAAAACGAUUUUGAUAUGUUGUAAGUGGUUUGAAAUAAAUGUGACAUGCCACCUCA